CCUAAAUAUGUGAAUCGCUCUCUCUCUCUCCCUCUCCCUCUCCCUCUCAGCCGCCAUGUCAAACCCCAGCGAUGACCUCGACCUUCUCCUCUCUCUCGGAGAAGAGAGAGUCCUAGAGACUCCACCAGGCUCCCCACCUUCCUCUUAUUCUCAUUUACCAGCCCCAGAUGAUGGAUCUCCAAGGGGAUUUCGGUCCAGUGACAUGUCGGUGUUUCGAGACGCCGUCAAAGACUAUAUGCAGACUGAGCCCAGCUCCAUCAAUUCCUCAGUUCCUUCUGCAUCGAACAAACCCAGAAAGUCAAAUGAAGUUGAUGUUGAGAAGUAUUCGGGUCUUCGAAUCAAGAACCAACUGGUGUCAGCACCUGAAUUGAGCAACCGCUUCUCUGAGAUCCGAUUCGUUCGGUUGCCAGUUAUUAGGAAUUUGAUAGCGGGUGACAAAUUUUCUGGUUGUUGGGCAACGGUUGGGGUCUUGAUCGAAAAGGUCACCACUAAAAUGAGCUCGUCCGGGAAAAACUAUUGUGUUUGGAAAAUGGGGUGUUUGGAUGAAACGAAUGUAUCUGUUUUCCUUUUUGGUGAUGCUUACACAAUGAACAGUAACGAACCGGUUGGAGCUGUCUUUGCGCUUUUCAACGCGUCACUCAGAAAAGACGCGAGCAAUGGGUUUUCUCUUAGUGUAUACUCUGCGAGCAACAUUUCAAAGAUAGGAACUUCCACUGACUAUGGGAUUUGCAAGGGCAAAAGGAAGGAUGGAGUCCCUUGCACCAUGGUCAUAAACAAACGUAAGGGGGCAUACUGCAAGUUCCAUUCAUCAAGAUCAUCUCUGUCUCAAAGAUACUCCACCACUCGUGCUGAGCUCAAGGGUGGGAACAUAAAAAUGCCAUAUAAAUUCCAGCCAGGGGGUCAAUUUCAGCCAGAGGGUAUUUACAUGGUCGACCCUCUGGCAAACAGAUCAAAUAAGAGAAACUCCGCGCAGCCAGUUAAAAUGUUGUCGGUGGAUGGACUUAAGAAGGCUCUAAGCAAAGCAGAAAAUGUGACCACCAAUAGCCGAUCGCAAGGAAUAAGAUUUCUUUCACAUCUCACCGCCAAUGUAGAGACAAAAGCAGCAGGUAAAGCAUGUGCGAAGCCACUCCAAGCUAGAAAUAAUGCAGGAGUAAGACUGUCAUCGGCUACAGAAGUAGCUUCAAAUAUUUCAAGAGAAAGUAAAGCAUCAGGAAUUAACAGGCCUUCAGUAGCUACAAAAGUAGCUUCAAAUAUUGCAAGGGAAAAUAAAGUUUCGGGGACCAAGCGAAAGAACAAUGAGACUUCUGUGAAUAUGAUUGAGCUCGAUAUUGUUAGUUCAGAUGAAGAAAGCUGAUAAUGAUUGGUAUAAAUGUUGUAUAACAAAAAAGGUCGUUGUCUAAAUUUUGCAGCUAAUUUACGUUUGUAUAAUGCUGUAGUCCUCCUGUUAAUUCCUGCAAAGGGAUUGACUAAGUGGCGGUAGAGAUCUAAAGCGAUAGGUCUAAACCUGUCGACAUUACUAUGAUAGACAUAUGGUUUCAUCUGUAUAUUUCAUAAUUAGCAUCCUUCAUUUUGUACUUGACUGUUGGUGUUUGGUUAUCAUUACUUGGUUGAAAUUUCUGUUCA